AAACGUGUUUUUUAUACCAAGAAAUGUAGUCAUCUGCAAGCCCAUCUCAGUGAAGGGCCUCGCUCGGAUCCGGAGGUUGGCACGUACGAAAGCUGGUUUGCUUGCUGCUCACGCCCCCGACCUUCCGGUUCAUUGACGGCAAGUCGCACAGCCCGUUCGACCGGCAAAGGAGUGUAUAUUGAUACUGCCCUACCGAGAAAGGACUCACAGCCCGUUCGAGACCAGCAUCGGCACCGGCACACCACAAGGCGACUCAUUGUCGCUGACGCUGCUUAUUGUGUAGAUCGACACCGCAAUCGCGAAUCUCGCGCAGACGCUCGACGAGAAGGCGAACCUCCUCGGCCGCUCCGUCACCCACGCCGACGACUCGGAUCUCAUCUGUCACGGCGGCGCUGUCAUGGCGGCUACAAAGGCCGCAGCGCCUUCCGUCUUCGCCCGAUGGGACCUCAAUAUGAACAAAGACAAGACGGACACAGAUAUUCAGGUCGAAGCAGUUCGACGCGCGAACACAAGCCACCUCAUUGGUGUGGCACACGCAGUACCAAGAAGCUCCGUAGUCUCCUCGACGUCGCGGCGGAUUUGCGUGCUUGGAGGCGGCUCGCGACGUAG